AUGGUCAUGGUGAGCAGUAACAAUGGAGUUGCAAAACAAGCACGCUUGCGGGCAUUCGACUCGCAGGCACAAUGGGUCCAGGGAGGUCUAGAACGUGGCCAGACGUGUGACGUAGCGAGGUUGUCUGGUUGGGGCGGAACCUUCGUCCUCUUCUCCCACCAGCAAUGA